UUUCAUUCUCUGUGGAAUCUCCUUUAGCAUUGGACAGCCAUGGAUACCAAGAGGCAUUGCACUUGUGGCUAAAUCCCAUCUUUUUAGGUUUGGAAGAACAACAAGUCGAAGGAACUCCAGUUGACUGAAUCACUGCAGGUUUUGUGAGGUUUAAGGAGAUUGAAAGGUACCGCAACCGAUAAAAAGGGAAAAAGGUCUGUAGAAACUAAGCAGCUGCUUGAUUAGCUAACGGAAGAUGCUGUGAAGCUGAUGCAGAAUGGAGAUUACAAUGGGUAUUAUGAUGAAAAGCAAGAGAGUUGCCAACGGGAAGCAGGAGGACAUUCUAUGCAUAAUGCAGACGUGGCUUCAUCAAAUUCAUAUAACACAGCUACCAAGAGCGAUGAUGCAUUUUGACAUGUUUGGUGAAGGCGACGAAAAUAUUCCAGCUAAUCCUGCCUCGAAUGGAGUUAUUACUACCGCAGCAGUUUGGGCUAUUAUUAUGUUCCAUCAUCUGGACUUUAUUGCCAUACAUCAUCAGGACAAUGGUAAUGGCAUUCAACUGUUUAAGCCGACAGAAAAUCAGGAUAUAGAUCUUCCUAUUUUUGAUUGGUCAUUCACAAUUUGUGAAGACCCGAAGUACAUUGUGAUCUGCUGCUGUACCUGUCGAAACUAGCAUCUUUUUAACUGUUUUGGCUUGGAUAUAUCAAACGUAGUUACUCGUAUAAUGAUGAAUCGGGCAUAGACCAAGAGUCGCCACAGGCUACACCCGAUGCAAGUUGAAAGAACUCGGCAUAUACCAAGAGGUGCCACAGGCAACACCCUAUGCAAAUUGAGGUUUGAUAGUUCAACCUUUGGAUAUACAAGUCGAAGUUUGGGACUGUCAAGUGCGAGGCUAAAACUUACAAUUUCUUUAUAAACUUCUACUAUACUUGAUUUACAAAAUUAACCUUGGGAGUGGAUGAUCUUAAACUUUUGACGCUUUCCCCGUGGGCUCAAGUUCAAUAAAUAUUGCCCCAUGGACAAUACUUUGGGUAAAGGACAUAAAUGGCCAUCCCGGUGAAAUUAUUGACACUCGGUGGCCCAAGAAUCUUAAAGGACAUUUUGUAGCCUUUUCAAAAUAAUUACAUUUUCUAGUCAUUUUUUAACUAAUUCCAGUAUAUGUAUAGAAGCUGUAUCAUUGUUGUAUAUGUAUCACCAUUGUGUAUGUGUAGAUACUGUAUUAUUGUUGUAUAGAAUAUUUAUACCUACAAUAUAUGUAUAGAAAAUGUAUCAUUGUUGUA